AUGACAGCAGUCGAUUUGGACUACACAGUUUACGUUCAGGUGGAGCGACGGCAGCAGUUAGACAUAAUAGAAAUUUGUCAGAAAGGUCACUCAAAAUUCAUGGUUGAUGGAGAACGAGUAAUGCGAAAGAUAUGUAUAUUUUGGACGAUGUAGCAGAACGCUUAAAAAUAUCGAAUAAUUUAGGAUUGUAGUAAAUACCAAAGUGUGUAAUAUAUUCGUAUGAGGAAAAAGAAAAUAAAUAAGAAAACAGUGUGGAUUGCAUCAGCAACCAACCAUAUAUUGUUGUACAGUUUGUUUUCAUGAAUAUAAGCAUGGAGAUUGAAAAUAAUUUACGUUCGGUUGAACGUAGUGAAUUAGAACGUAAGCUAUUUUACAAUUAACCAAAUAUUCACCGAAGGCGAGGUGAUUACAAGCCUAUAUUCACUGAGCUGCGAAGUGAAUAUAGUCUUGUGAUCACCAAGCGUGGGGUAACUAAUUGUUUUAGAAAAAAUUCAGUAUUGAAACAUAAUAAUAUAUACAAACGUUCAUAAAUAAGAUUUACUUCACCUUUAAUUUCUUCAAUUCUUUCUUCCAUGAUUUGUUUGCAAACUGUGGAUUUUCGACAGCCAUUUUGUUUUGAAAGCAAUAGUUUACUGCUCAGAGCAGUCUGAGCAGCAAUCGGAAUGCUUGAAAGCCAUUUUUCAAUACUGAAUUUAUACUAAUAACAUUUAGCAUUUCCCAAUCAAGCAGGGUACUGAUUCAAAUUGAUAUUACAAAGCAUCCAUGUAUUGUUGGGAAGGAUGAUCACAGAUCAUUUACAUUGCUGUCUUUUCAAACAUACUGUACCAUAGAGGUAAAAUGCUUUGCAGUCUCAAUUGCACCCAGGAUCCUUUAAUCAAUCUCAAUCAUAGAUAUCUUAUAUACACUAGAUAGCGCAUCUCUUUUAGUAAAAUUGAAGCCAAGAAUAUUCCAGCGGUUACCCAAAUUUGAAUAGAUGGCGGCCAUGUUGGUCGUUCCCACUUGCUAAUAAACACUUAAAAACAACAAUAACUUUCAUCAUUCGAAUAGUUUAAAAAUGUUUUUGGAAUAAGGUUAAGUUCCCUGUUCAAGAAAUAGAAAACAUACAAAUCUUCUCAUUUCAUGGGAACGACCUGAGACUGCAAUCACAGCUUCAAUUUUUGAAUUGCAGAAUAAUUAGAUGCACUAUCUAGUGUAUAUAAGAUAUCUAUGAUCUCAAUACAUUACAUUGUUAGUAAAAUAAUCUAAUGUAUUAGAGGCAAAUUCAAGAUUCCCUACUAUAGGAUUCCCUGCUCAAUUGGAAAAAUUCUGAUACCAUAGAGACACAAGGUCAUAUGAAUAUUAUAGGAAGAUUUCUUGGCAGGUACAACAGGCUUAUAUAUGGCAGAGAAGGGCUCAUGAUCUGAUGUUUUUUUCUGUAUUCAACAAACUAAUACAUCUAAUUAACCAGGGAGAAUAGUUUGGGAUAAUGUGUGGAUUCUACAGUAGGUCUCCAAGGUAGUCCCAAACUUGCAAGUAGAAACAUGGCUUUAAUUAACAGCUUUUGAUCCUAUAUAGACCUUUAACACCCACAUUUGAAUUUAUGGUUUAAAGAACAUAUGAAUGUUCUUUGCUUUAUAGAGCAACCAAGUGUCAGAAGAAGUACAGCAACUUAAUGAAAAGAAGAAAAGGUGGUAUUUCACACCAACAGCCCAUACAUGUCCAAACACAUUGCAAUUGCCAACAGAAAGCAUGGUUCUUCCUCUUCCCUCUGAAGAAGACCUGUUCCAAUUGUAUGAUAUGGCAUUCAAGAACACUCACUUUGGUAUUAGAUAG